CUCUAAUGUAGGUUGCCAAUAUAAUCGCGAUACUGCGUUUAUGAUUGUGUACAUUUAUAAUAUUCGUCGAUACCAAUCCAGCAAACACGUCACUAAGAAAAUAUGGUUGGUUUACAAAAGUAAUAACAAGGAUAACUUGAUGAAAUGUGGCUUGCUGUCUGAUUCUAUCCAUGACGGCGUUUCAGCACUAAACUAAAAUGGCCUGGAGAAAAUAUAUCGCCCGAAAAUCAAAUGGUCCAGUGCUACAAUGAUGAAAGUAUACACUGAAACAAAUGGAUGAUGUUCAUGAAGAUGAUGGCUUCUUCUACACAUCUGAAUCCUGCAGCGACUAAUCCUAAAUCCAAAUAGUCCCAGUCCCAGCUCAACUAUACCAACAUGGACAAGCAGACUCGUUCCUUAGAGAAGCUACCAAAAGCAGAAUCUCUAACACUGGAUUCUGCCUCCACAUCACUUAUCCCCAAGUCUGCGAGUGAUGAGCGAGUUCUGAUGGGGAUGGCACCACGACAACGCAACUUGGUGAGAAGCAAUGAAUCUUCCCAGUUGUCCCUGCACAGCAUGGUGUUGAUGACGGAGGUAGCUCCAGCCAACGGAAGCCUCAUCAGUGGUGAUGAUCAUUCCUGGAGAAUUCCGCUGUCAGCAUUUUCCGACAAGAAGGCUGUGAAUCAUGACCCAAACACGCGACUAACACGAAGAAUGAGGUCAUACUACAAGGCUCAGGAUGAGCUGAUCACGGCCUACGAGACACUGCAGCAGGAACAGCACAACACAGGGGGAGAGGAGUAUGGGCAGAAGACAGCGUCCAUCAUGUCCAAAAUCUCAUUUGCUGCAAAUUUUGUGCUUCUUGUGGCCAAGAUUGUGGCAGCAGCUCUGUCCAGCUCAAUCUCUAUCAUCUCCAGUUUGGUAGACUCGGUAGUAGACCUACUGUCUGGGAUUAUCAUCUGGUGGACGUCCAGCACGAUGAAGAAGAGAAACCCUCACUUGUACCCAAGUGGUCGAACAAAGUUGGAACCAGUGGCGAUAGUGAUAUUAUCCGUUGUGAUGUCUCUAGCAUCGCUGCAGUUGACCAUCGAGUCCAUACAGAAAAUCAUAUCUCUGGCCAAUCAGGAUGGAGCUGUCCCACAAUUUGAUGUUGUCACAAUAGUUAUUGCAGCAAGCACAGUCGUGAUAAAACUGGCGUUGUUCAUCAUGUGCUACAUCUAUCGGCGUCACGGUAGUUCGGUUGCUGUUCUCAUGCAGGAUCAUCGGAACGACGUCGUCUCCAACACAGUCGCCAUCGUCUGCGGAUAUCUUGGAUCAGCUCAGUUUAUGGGGAUUGUACAGAACAAGAAUGUGGUGUUCAUCGACCCCAUCGGUGCCAUCAUCAUUGGUUUCUUCAUCUUCGUCAGCUGGUGGAGGACAGGAGCGGAGCAAAUCAAACUGCUAACUGGACACACAGCUAAGCCAGACUUCUUGAGCAAGCUGACCUGGAUUUCUCUGAAUCAUCAUAGAGAGAUCACGCACAUCGACACAGUGAGGGCGUUCCACUUUGGCAACAACUACUUGGUGGAAGUGGACAUCGUGUUGCCGGAGACGAUGACGUUGGGGGAGGCUCACAACAUCGGGGAGUCCCUGCAGCAGCGUCUGGAGAACCUCGACAGGGUGGAGCGAGCCUUCGUACACCUCGACUUCGAGACCACACACAGACCCGAGGAGGAACAUAAGACUGUUUAGAACAGUUGGUGGUGUAGGAGUUGAUGAUUAGAGGAAAGUUAUUAAGGUGGUGACGGUCUUGAGUACAAUGCCAUAAUUUCAAAUAUGCUGGAUAUAAUGCCAAAUAAAUGUUCCAAUUCCUCAUUAUAAUGCCAGUUUGCGUGCCAAAAGGAUAGCUUGGCAAAUCAGCUGCUUUGAUGAGCUGAAUAAUUAGAGUGUGUACAUGGUUUCUGUCAUUGGUUAAGCUUAUCAAUAGUCACUCCUGUGGGCUUUAGCACUGACAAUAUUCUUAUACCAGAUUGGCAAAACUCAUAUGAUGAGAAUAAUGGAAAUUGAUGGUGAUGACUUUGUUGAAGAAGUCAUUGUUUCUCCCCAAUUGCUCCGAUCAAAAAUGCUCAUGAUGUCAAUUACUGGAUUGUCUUGUCCAGAAUCGAUAGUCCACAAGUAUGGACUACCAAUAUCUUCCAACAUUGCAUCUGCUUGAGGUUUACUGGUAAACUUUAUCACAACAUGUAUGUCGCUGUAUGAUCGAGAAUAUAUUUGAAUAUCAAGUCAUCAAUUGGAAUAAUCUGUGAACAAACCAACCUGUGAGCCAGUGAAAUUACUCAAUGGCUUGUAAACUUGAAUAUUUCAUACCAGAUUAUGUUGUACAAUUUACUUUUACAUGAAUAUUGCUCUCCUGAUAUAUACACAAUAUUUUAUGUUAAUAUUUCACUUCUUGGUUUAUCACGUUAACUGGCAAUUUGAUGAAGGAGGAGUGGCAUCUGUCGUCUAUUACUUUAUCUCACUGGUUAUGGGACCCGCAAAGAUCCGGGUUAGAAUUGAUCUUCAGUAACCCAUGCUUGUCAUAAGAGGUGACUAGCGGGAUCGGGUGGUCAGGCUUGCUGACUUGGCUGACACAUGUCAUC